AUGGCGGAUGACAAGAGUGGCAAGCAGGCUACACUGGGGCGGUUUUUUGGCUCUAAUGCGAAUGGGAAUCAAGCCCCAAAGAAACAAACAACACUAGCAUUCGGUGGAAAGAGGCAACAAAAAGAGAGUGAUGCUACGGAAGAUUCCAAAGAGCCUUUAGUUUUGGAGAACAAAGAUGAUGUGGAUGUGAAGCUUGAAGAUGCACCGAAAGCUGCGGCCGAUGCGGCAAAUGAAACCGAUUCCUCUAGAGGCUUGAAACGAGAAAAGGUUGAUGAAGGAGAGGAGAGCGACGAUUCCGACGUCCAGCCUGUCUCAAAACGCCGGCGUAAGGCAACAAAGGAAAGCUCUCCACCACCCAAACAAAGUCCUAAGAAAAGCCCGAAGACUCCAUCACCUACGAAACAUUCCAAGUCACCCAAGCCUACCAAGUCUUCCCCCAAACCAAUACUGAAAAAGUCAUCUGAAGAAGAGGUUGUUGAAGAAAACAGCCAAUCGGACAAAGAUGAGGAGGAAUCAGAAAGCGACGGGGACGCCAAGCCUGAGGUCAAGAAAAAGACAAUGGCGAAAGUGCAGGCAACCCUAAAGUCAAGCGGUACCGAUCCAUACCCAGACUGGAAGGCCGGAGAUCCGGUUCCUUAUGCGGCGCUCUGUACCACUUUUUCCCUAGUCGAGAUGACUACGAAACGGUUGAUCAUUAUGGCCUACUGCUCUCAAUUUCUCCAACAAGUCUUACGCCUCACUCCAGGUGACUUACUCCCAACAGUUCAGUUGAUGAUUAACAAACUGGCUGCGGAUUAUGCUGGAAUCGAACUGGGAAUUGGAGAGUCUUUGAUCAUGAAGGCCAUUGGCGAGUGUACUGGCCGCAGUCUGGCUGUUAUCAAGACCGAUCAGCAUGAGAUUGGUGACCUGGGCCUUGUGGCUGCUAAGAGUCGAUCCAACCAACCUACCAUGUUCAAGCCUAAGGCUCUCACCGUUCGAGGAGUGCAUGAAGGCCUGCUCGGUAUAGCCAAAGUCAGCGGACACGGAUCUCAGGACAAGAAAAUCUCUGGGAUCAAGAAGCUUCUAUCUGCAGCAGAUUCUGCGACUGCAGGUAAAGGCAACAAAGGUGUUGACAUCACCCAGAACAAGGGUGGCCCCAGUGAGGCCAAGUUCAUCGUUCGCUUCCUUGAGGGUAAGCUGCGACUGGGCCUUGCUGAGAGGACAGUGCUAGUGUCCUUGGCUCAGGCAAUUGUGUCUCACGAGGCUGCAGUGGAGGGCAAGAAGGCGACUCCGGAGAAAAUGGCCGAAGGCGAAGCCAUUCUCAAGACUGUGUACAGCGAGCUUCCCUCCUACGAAGUCAUUAUUCCCGCUAUGCUGGAACACGGCCUAUUCCAUCUUCCGAAUGUCUGUAAGCUGCAACCGGGCGUUCCUCUUAAGCCGAUGCUUGCCAAGCCGACCAAAUCAAUCACCGAAGUUUUGGACCGCUUUGAAGGAAAGGAGUUUACAUGCGAGUACAAGUAUGAUGGAGAACGAGCCCAGAUUCAUUUCGUAGCACCGAGUGCCAUUGAGCAGUUUCCUGCCUCUACUGCUACGCUUCAAAGGGACCACAAGGGUCACUCCGCGAUCUUCUCCCGAAACUCUGAGGAUUUGUCAAAGAAAUACCCAGACGUCUUGGGCAAGCUUGACACUUGGGUCAAGGACGAUGUAACCAGCUUCGUUCUGGACUGUGAGACUGUUGCUUGGGACACACUCAACAAGAAGGUUCUGCCUUUUCAGCAACUGAUGACUCGUAAGCGAAAGGACGUCAAGGCAGAGGAUGUAAAGGUCAAGGUCUGCGUUUUUGCCUUUGAUCUUCUAUUUUUCAAUGGAGAGCCUUGUGUGAAGAAGUCUCUUCGAGAGCGCCGAGAGUUAAUGCACCAGUGCUUCCAGCCAGUCGAAGGCGAGUUCCAGUUUGCGCAAUUCGGAGAUACCAAUGUCCUCGAUGAGAUUCAAGAUUUGCUUGAAGAAAGUGUCAAGGCAUCCUGUGAGGGACUGAUGGUCAAGAUGCUGGACACCGAUGAGAGUGGGUACGAGCCUAGUAAGCGUAGUCGGAACUGGCUUAAGGUCAAGAAAGACUACCUGGCCGGUGUGGGGGAUUCACUUGAUCUCGUCGUCCUUGGUGCUUACUAUGGUCGUGGAAAACGGACUUCUGUGUACGGUGCUUUCCUUCUCGCCGCCUACAACCCGAAUAACGACAAGUACGAAACAAUCUGUAACAUCGGCACUGGAUUCUCGGAGGCAGCGUUGGAGGAAUUCCACAAGGAGUUAAAGCCCAUGGUCAUCGAUCGACCAAAGCCCUUCUACGCCCACUCCAGUGUACCCAAGGACCAACCGGAUGUGUGGUUUGAGCCUCGUCUGGUAUGGGAAGUCAAGACUGCCGAUUUAACUCUCAGUCCUCGAUACCAAGCCGCUGCGGAUGAGUUUGAGGGGACGACUGGUGGUGGCAAGGGUGUUUCGUUGCGUUUCCCUCGGUUCAUCAAGUCUCGUGAUGACAAGAAACCUGAGCAAGCAACAACAACUCGUGCCGUGGCUGAGAUGUACCGGAAACAAGAGGCUGUGGCCAAGGAAACCUCGGGCAAACGGGGCGUUGAUGAUGAUUUCGAGUAUUAA